UCAAGAUGGAUUUUAUGAACUUUAUAACGGAGCCGAAGCUCCUCCCUGCUACGAAGACAGUAACCUGUUUUGGUAUGUGGUUUCUGGAGUUCCUGGCAGACAACCCUCAAGAAGCGAAAGUAGAAGAAGAGGAGAUUGAGCUAUUGACAAAAGCGGAGAGAAAGGCCUCUAAGCGGGGAUCUAUACUGACGUACACUAAUAAGACCUUAAAACAGCACUGGGAGGAGUACAUUGGAAACGAAGAUCCUCACAAGGUGCUGAACGAGAUCUACACCCCGAUGAUGAUGACAGAGAAGGACGGUCACAUCCUGUGUAUACCCUCUAACCUGCCUAGGAAGAGGGUUUGCCUUAACAAAAUCAGAGUCAGAGAAAUGAACAGACAAAAAACACUCAUUCUAAUCAGAACAAAAGGAUCAAAAAGGAGGGGGUUCUUGGAGCACUUUCUUCAGCAAAGCCUCAAUUUGCCUUUUGGAUUCAUAGCUGACACGACCAUGAACAUUAACAAAAAAGAAGAGGGUGAUCCGGUUAAAAUCGACGCCAAAGAACAGGUGAAAAACGCUAUGAUAGUUUGCUGCAUUCGACUGUUCAUGGUAGUGUGCUGUGUCAGCAUGGAAGAAGAAUUUGGAGAUAUUGAUUAUGAACCACCAGAUAAUUCCCCCGAACCACCUGCAGAGGAGGAGGAUCAGGAGCGUGAAAAAGUGGGGGAACCCGAAAAGUCAGAGAAAGAGAAAGAAGGAUAGUUUUAUUUAAUUUAUCAUUUUACUCAAUCAUUAAUCAGUUGUAUCGCCGCAGGUCGCUUGUUAUGAUGGCGAUUAGAAUUGGACCUAUCAGUGUAACUGUAGGUUCAUAUGUGUUGAUUUUUUACGGUUAGGGUCAAGGUACAAACGGUUGUACCUUAACCCUAGCCCUUAUCGUAACUCUAACACUAACCGUAGUCCGUAACGGUGAAACAGUCGAAUUUGCGUUUAACUGGCAUGUCACGUGGCCAAAACAAUUUUUUGCUCAUAACUCCCCAGGGAAGCACCCUAUGUCAUGGGGUGAUUCGGAAUCAGCGUGUAAAAUACAUCGAUCUAGGUUGUGUUCAUACCCUCAGGGGCCAGGGCCCUAUCUCAAGAAAUAAACGUACAUGCUGCUACACGGAUAGGUCCAAUUCUUUAUUCUAAUCUUCAUAUCACCGGUUAUUAUACUUAUAGUCAGUUUGAUAACGUUUUUCUUUUCAUAACUAAGCUGAAUAAGCUUUAUAGAUUUAAUUUGUUUGAUAUUUUAAAGUUACCGUAAAAGAUUAAUAUUUCUAAAGGACGAUAGUUUAUUAACGAUCUUAAUUUCUGAUACUAUACAACUCAUAAUGUCACGUACAUAUAUGCAUACUGUCAACUGUAUCAAUACUGAAGCAAAUUUCUCAAUACUGUAUUAUAUUUGGACGCUAUUCAUGUUUUUCCUCUAACUCUAAGUACACGUAGAGUCAUUUUUUAAACAAUUAUUAUAUAACGGAGGAGAUAAUUCAAAGCAUAUAUUAAUUGAAUAUGAAGUAUUCUAAUCGUCUUCCAACCUAAUUUUCAACUAACCUUUUGACCGAUGAAGACACGUUCACACGUUAUAUAAUUAUAUAUACUCACACCACUGACGAGAUCAGCGGCUUUUAUAAUUUAAAUUACAUAAAGCUUGAGGUUUGUUAUUUACAUUUAUAGGGCGUUAAAUUUAUGUGUAAUGAAAAUUAUAAGUAUAAUGCUUAAAAUCAUUUUUGUUCUU